AGAGGGGACUACAAUUCCCAAGGUGCAGCGCGGGUGCGCGGCGCGCGCAACCUCUGGACUAUACCAACAGGACUCGACAGACCGGGGGGACAACACUGAAAUGCUGUUCAUGUGUUGUUGGACUUUCCCGAAUCCAGAGUAACUGCAUCAACAAAGAGUCCUGGGCAGAGUCCUGUACCUCUCAGAAGCUGCUGCUGCUGCUGCCGCCGCCUGGGGAUGCAGAGAGGAGGGGGCAGCCGCUGACCCUCUGCAACACACCUGGCGAGGUUGGUGUGAGUAAAAGAAGUGAGCAUAAGAAAACAUCUACAUUUUCUAGUGUAGUGAAGUGUCACACAGAACCAACCAUGCCUGGAGAAGGGAAAUCUGACAUGGAGAGGAUUGGCCUCUUCAGUGAAAUGGAGUAUGUUACCAUUGGAGAUAAAUAUGUCACACAUUAUAUGCGCCCUUUCAAUGAAGCUGCAAGCAAGAACAAACAAAUGUUACCUGGGGGUACCAAAAUGCUGUCAGCUCUUCAGGCAGGUUACUUUGAGCCUCAGUUUGUGAGGGUUUUCGAAGGUGAAGCCUACUCAAACCCUGUGCAACUAAGGAGGCGAUAUAGAUUGGCAGAGUCAAAGAAAAAUAUGGGCAAAGCUUUCCUUCCAAGCAAUGGAGUCAAACUGCCAUGCGGAGUGGGUACUUAUUAUGGAACUAUAGGUGGUCCAUAUCCAUUCUUCAGUGCACAACUAAAAGGGAAAACAGCAUAUGCUCCUCCUGGAAAGAACCUUUACACAAAUCCUGGAAAGAAAGGAACUGGAUAUGGAUAUCCAAAUCUUACCAUAGGUAAACAGUAUCCACACUCAAGUGAGGUGUAUGAAAUCGGAAAAAUGAAUGCAAAGAAGGUGCAUGAAGACCAUUUGCGUUUGGUUAAAGGAGGGCCUUUCAAGUUAAAUCUCUAUCCUCGGGAAUAUUUUGACAUAAAUCCAUAUCUUGAUGAUAAACCUUUGGCACCAGCUAAGAAACCAACCCCAGAAAAGCCAGUUGCACACCCCUUUAAACCAAGUUCUCCUGCUAAAAAGGCAGGAGGCAUGAAAGCAGGAACAUUCGAUUCUUAUCCUUCGCAUUCUGCUGAGCCCUAUGUGGUUAAAUAUUCUAAGCCCAUCACAACUAAUAAAGAAGGACGGAUUUUUCAUCCUCCCCCUGGAUCAAAAAGCAGGCCUUCUACAAGUAUAAUGGCUUUAAAUGUCACAAGAUCGCUAAAUGUAAUGAACUACAAGACUACACACUUGAUAUAUUAGCUUUGAAUAGUGGGAUAAAGAAUACACUUCUUGGACUUCGUAAACUGUAACAAUUCAAUGAUUAAAGGGCAUUUGAAGUAAAUAAAACUUUUGUGGAAGAUAGAAUUCAGUCAAAUAAGGCAAACCCAGAUUUUAAUUGUAUCCUAUUUGAGACUAUAGUUUAUAAAUACAUAAAUUAUGUACAAAUUAUAUUUGUUUAAAGUGUGAAAUUAAACUAUAUUGAUACAAAUUUUAUAGUUUACUUGUAUCGUUGGAGAGAUUUAUAUAUCGAACAUACACACCUAAAAAAGUAUUUUAGAUUUUAAGUUUUUAUAUAAAUGUUAUGAUGGUGGCAUCAAUAAACAGCAAUUACCUCUUCUGAGAUGAUCAAUAUUUAUUAACCAGAGAUAAUAUAUUGUGCAAAGUAAAGGUAUGGUUUCCCUUUAGAAACAAUAAAGAUUGAUGUUCAUCUUAACCAA